AUGAACGGCGAGACCUGCGUUUCAUACAGCGAUAUGACAUCCAUGGAUUCAUAUUAUAGCCCCUCUGCAGCGCAAGGUAGGGAUCACCAGACGGACCACUUUAGGACAUUCCCAGUCGCUGACACCAAAUACAGCCCCACUGCCUUCCUGCCCAACAAAGGUCAGGCUUACGGAGAAAAGUCCCGGAGCCCCUUCCAGCAGGAGUGCCAGUCAUUGGAUGCCGCCGCAGCUGGGCAAGGCACUUUCAGCAAAUACCACCUCUUCAUGCAGAGGUCCUCUUGCAAAACACCCCCCGAGGAGGGCAAACUGCACCAGGAGAGCGGACACAACGGAGCGCUCAUCCCGUGCUAUGGUGAUCUGGGAGAAAGUAAGGCAAAAUGGAGGAAAAGGGAGCGUUUUGGUCAAAUGCAGCAGGUCCGAACACAUUUCUCGACGGCUUACGAGCUGCCGCUUCUGACGCGUCCUGAGAACUACGCACAGAUUCAGAACCCCUCCUGGAUCGGUGGCAGCAGCGCAGCAUCUCCCGUGCCGGGCUGCGUCGUGCCGUGCGACACUGUGACUCCCUGUAUGACGCCUCACCCCCACUCUGCCAGCGGGGUGUCUGAUUUUCUGGGCGUGCCGAGCCCCGCAGGUCACAUGGGACAGGCUCACAUGGGCAGUCUGUUUGGAGGAUCUCCCGGCAUGCCCGCAGGCAUCAACACGUACGAUCUCAACAUGGACCCUGACCGCAAGUCCUCCAGUAUCGCCGCUUUGCGCAUGAAGGCCAAAGAGCACAGUGCAGCCAUAUCUUGGGCCACAUGA